AUGAAGACUACACUAGUCGCUCUCCUCGCCGCGGCCGUUGCUUCUGUCUUCGGUUCGCCGGUCCCCGAACCGGACCCGGAGGCCAACCCCGUUGAUUAUGGUGAUUAUCCACCUCCAGAGGGCGGAUAUGGUGAUUAUCCUCCUCCGGCUGGUGGAUACGGAAGUUAUCCGCCUCCGGAAGGUGGUUAUGGGUCGUAUCCAGCGCCAGAGGGCGGCUACGGCGAAUACCCGGCCCCGGAGGGUGGAUACAAAGGGGGUACCGGUGGCCCAGAUCCGGCGCGGACGGAGGAACAAGGACUUUAUAUCCCCCGCCGUGCUGGCUUUUAUAAGCUGAGCCGGUGCGCCCUGACACUUGAUUUUGCCGCCGGCAAGAAGAACAAUGUGGUCGGCGAGAACGUCGACCUCGUCCAGGAAGUGCGUCGUGAAUAUGAUGCUGCGCUUGGCCCGCUGCUGGAGGAGAAUCUCCCAGAUUGCUCUCCGCGAAAGGGGAUCCAGCCCGGACGUACACUCGUCGAUCAAGCACACGGACGAGUCGCCGACAAACAUGCAGGCCAGCUGCAACUUGCGCUUCUGGCCACCACUAAGCUCCCUGGCCUUGAACUCGCGCUUGGGGGAGAGAUCGCACUGCCCGAUCAACUGCUCCAGCUCUUGGCUAGACCGGCUACCAGACUUGAUGCCGCUCCAGAUGCGGACGUGCUCCUUGACCGUCAGGUUAUCCCACAGGGUGUUGCGCUGUGGACAGAUACUGACCUGCGAUGGCGCGGCUUCCAGCGAGACGGACCCUCCGGCUGGGUUAAUGAAGCCCGACAUCAUAUGGAGAGUCGUCGUCUUGCCCGAACCGUUGGGCCCGACCAAGCACAUAAUCUGGCCCUUUUGCGCCUCGAAACCGAUGCCGUCUAUGGCCGCGACCGUCUUUUUCCUACGGCAAAAGCAACAGCAGCAGCAUAUCCGCGACAACAAGCUUGGUUUGAAUCGUUUUCUCAACUCACGAGUCUGCACAACGGCGCCCGUCGAGUCGGUUGA